AUGCAGAGCAUCCGAGCUGUGAGCGACGGUGACAUCCGCCGUCCCCGCCCGCUGCAUUCCUCCAAGUCCUUUACCCGUCUUGAACCCACCACCCAAAGCCCGCUUGGGCGCAGUCGCGCGAGCACCAUCCAAGGAGCCAUAUCUGAGCUUCCGCACGCAGACCAUAUCACCCUGUCACCCGGGAGCGAGGAGAAGGCUGCUCAGAGGGAUAUAUUCAUCAGCAAAGAUGAGGAUGACUCGGACAAUGAGACCGUCGAGGACAAUGCGGGCUCCGCCAGCAAGCAACUCGAGGCUUUCGAGGAGCUUCCAAUUGAGAUUCGAAGCCUGACCGAGAGAUUUCUCGAGUCUCUGUCUGCCAAAGUGCAUCCCACUCCACUAUCUAUAGACGACCUCGCCGAGAUGUUCCAAGAGUUUUAUGUUCGUGCCGACUCGCAUAUAAGCACCCAUAUAGCAGCUUUGUCGUCACGCCUGUCAAGGGGCAAGUCGCCCUCACCACCAGAAGCCUCCCAGACCUCCAAGACUCUAAAAGGCGGAAAAGCCGCGUCUGGCACAUCGCGCAAGGGGGCUGACCCUGAGCUCGAUGGUACUGAGCAGCAGAUGCUCACCGCGUCUGAGAUAUCUGACCGCAAGAGGGCGCGCCGUCUGUUGGGAGUUAGGCACAAGGCGCUCGAAGAGGCGGUUGAGCGAGCAGUAUGCGAGAAGAUGUACGACCGGGUAUGGAGACAUCGGAUCACAGACGAUGCGGAGAGGGAUGAGAAGUUACGCUCGAGGACCGCCGCACUGUCACUUGUAGGCAUUGGACUGAAGGAGCUUGUGUCCACCGCCGACGAUAUCCCCGCCGAGGUUCGCAAAGCAACGAUAGAGAAGGAGGAGGAUAUAUGCAACUGGCUCGCAGGUGCUCGCGAAAGUAUCCGCAAGAUGGAUGAAGAGAGAUAUCCAGUGGGAAAGCUCCAACACCUCACCGCAGCACACAAGAACAUCGUCGAGACGCUGUCACGGCUUUUCUCAUCUUCCUCCUCCGCCGAUGAAAUACUUCCCACCCUCAUCUACACCCUAAUCACAUCACCUCCAGAGGGUCUCAACGUCGUCAGCAACCUCAACUUCAUACAGCGCUUCCGCGCGUCCCGAAAAGUUGACGGAGAAGCCGCUUACUGCCUCGUAAAUCUCGAAGCAGCCAUCUCCUUCCUCGAAACCGUCGACCUGUCCUCCCUCCGAGAAGACGAAGCCCCCGAAGGACCCGAGAAAUCCACCAGCCGCCCCUCAACACCGCGGAGCCACACGGCGCCGACCCCGAUGAACCUCGGCCUCUCCAGCCCAGCCCCACCCAGCGUCUCCGCCUUGUCGGCGACAUCAGGCGACCGCAGCCCCAGCACCACCACCCGCCCACCAGCUUCCCCACUCAAACCCCAGCGCCGCAUCAGCUACCUCAUCCAGUCCCAAGCCGACCGCCUAAACGAGGCCAGCGACGCCGUGCGGGCCUCCAUCAACGACACGGCCGAUCAGGCCCUCGACAGCAUCAACACGACGCUCGAGAGCAGCUUCAAGUUCCUCUUCGGCCGGCUCAGCGAGUCGCCCACCAAGAACGGGGCGAGCGAGGUCCCGGUCCCUAGGACGCUAGAGGAUGUGAGGAAGCUGGUCGGGACGCCGCCACCACUACCACUCGACGAUGACGGCCCUAGUAGUGCGCCUGAGGGCGUGCCGGAGCAGACAGACGGCGCCCUCGACUCCAGCCCCGCCGCGCCUCCCGCGCGCCCGGAGCCCAGACUCACAGACCUCUUCGCCGGCCGUCGCGACAGAAGCGCCGACAGCACCCGGAGCGGCGGCAGCGGAAAGCGCGUCUCGUUCGUCGAGGGCAAGAGCCCUACCGUUGCCAGCAGCUCGCCUGCGCCAGCACCGCCGACACCGAGCCCGUCUCCCGCCGCGCCAGCAUCAUCAGGCAACGCGCUGCAGAAUCUCGGCAACACGCUCAACCCGCUCAAAGGCUUCGGCGGUCUUGGCGGAUUUCCGAGAUUCGGGAGGGCGGUGCCGAGUACGCCCACGCCGCCCGCCGUGGGGGGUGCGGGGGAGAAGGGGAAGCAGCUUGGGCACGGAGAGGGGAAGGCUGGGUCGCCGGCUGGAGAGGCGAAACCGCUGCCUUCGGCUGGCGACGCGAAGGAAGCGGUGGCGGUUAAAGCGCUGGAGGAGCUGAGAAGGACGGGACCGCCUGUGAAGAGGUUUGUGGAGAUGAAGGAUGCAAGGGAGAUGAGGAUUGGAGAGGUGGAGGAGCUGUUGAGGGAGUAUCAGCGGCUUGCGGGGGCGUUGAGGGCGGCAAUACAGUCAUGA